GAACACAUUCCGACGGAAACUAACCGGAAGUAGCCAGUGUUUUAGUUCCGCCUGUAGUUUACCUGCAUGGAUUCAGCUGCAGUUAUGAGCGCUGAAAACUCGUGUGGAGAUUCUUUACUGCCGCUACGGAACUUAUUAAACGCAGUAAAAUGUAUUAGAGAUCGGGUAAGAGAUGGAGAAUCAAAUGAGUCUAACGGGGACUUUAACUUACCAAACUUCUGGGAAACGAUGACUCAGACAGUAAAGGCUACUUCACAAGAAGCUACAAAACUCAGUCUAGCCUUCUCCAAACCCCCACUUCCAUCAGAGCAAGAUUGUGAAGUGUUAGCAGAGUCCAUUCAGAAGAGCAUUCUGGCGUUAUCUACAAUUUAUUACUGGCUGCCUAAGAGUGAAGGCAUUACUCUGCGUAAGCUUGUCAGAGAAGCCACUGUGGAAGUUUUGGAUGGUGUUGUUCAGCUGCUGGAGAUCCUCCUGUCUUCUCCUUUACAGAGUUUAUCUCAGGAACAGCUAACAUCUACAGGAGGUGUCUGGGCAGCAUGUGAUCAGUUUGCUCAGCUGCCAAGGGAUAAUCGCACUGCAGUGUUACAUGUAUUGAGUUCAUAUGUUGGAAUGGUGAAGGAUGCGCUAGAGGAGAUGAACCAGGCACUAUCUGAGGAACAGGACCCUUUCAAUGAUGUCCUGGAUGAUGAUGAAGAUGACCUUGAUGCCCGUGGAAACCAAGACACCUACUGGUCCCAGAGUGACCGGCAGCUCAUUUCUAAAUGUCUGGGUCUCAUUAAGGCUUCUGGAGCAUGUCUGCGGAAAUUAUCCAGCGCUGUUAAUAAAAAUGGAAAAGUCGACACACCUCACAGCGUUACUCAACUAGACGACCUCGCUGAUAUCACGAGAGAAAUCAGCCCAGGUGUUGAUGACCUGAUCCUGAGUCUUUAUCCACCCAUAGACUGCUCCGCUGUCGACCAAAACGUGUGCAAACUGGCCGCCAUAUUAAGGAAAACACUUGAAAUCACCAGGUCUUGUCACGUGUGUCUGGAGGCAGACGUGGCGUGGGUUCAGUUUCUGGAGGGAGCUGUGGAUCAUAACCUGCAGGAAGUAAAAUCUCUAAUCGGAGGAUCCAGUUAGGAGCAACAGUGAAAAACAGACUUAUCCAACAGCUUUCUGUUCCUGGAGGAGCAGGCUGCAUGUAAUAUUGCAAAACAUAGAAAAUACGAAAACCAGAUGGACACUUAAAACUCAAGUGCAACCUCAACAAACACAUGCACACUUUUCUGCAACUUCUAUUUUUAAGCUUUAUGCUUUUUGGAUCUAAUGUUAUAUUUACAGAUUUUAGUUCUCUUCUGAUUUAAUAAUAAUAAUAAUAAUAAAUAUAUGUUUUGCAGCA